CUGUACGAUGAAUCUGACUUACUACUAUAGUACAUGCGUCGUCUCCUUUGUCUUCGGCUUUCCCAUCUGUCUCUAACGGUUCUAACCUAUUAUCUAACCCGUCAAGUUUCUUGGCUGCCGACUAGUCUCAGACUUGUCAUUGCUUGACACUGCUUGGCACUUUUAAUUCCACUUCCUCCAUUACGUCGCUUAUUACUGCCAAGUAUAGCAUUAUCACAUUACCAAAAUUGCCGACGCGAUGGCGCACGAUUCGUCCCAAUGGUUGCAGAAAGAUGUCAAGGACAUUGACCCUACAUCGCGCCAGUUGCUAGAAUCAUAUGCUGGUCUGGCGCCAGAAGAAGUCGUACCGCACUGUUUAGCUAUUCGAGAUAAAGCAUUCGCCCUUUACCCGUGGCCAUGCAUCGGCCAAAUGCGUUUUAUCCGGUUGAGCCUCGCCUCAUACCCUUCGUACGCCAGCGUCCUCGAGCGCAUCCGAAGCAACGCCAACGCCAGGUUUCUUGAUCUCGGUUGCUGCUUCGGCCAGGAUAUCCGCAAGCUCUUCAUUGACGGGGCAAGGCCAGAGCAGCUGGUCGGCUUAGAUCUUGUGCCGGAGUUCAACGCGCUGAGCUAUGAAUUAUUCCGCGACGCGUCGAAGCUGUCGUUUGAGUUUCAUGCGAGGGACCUUCACGACGACAACGCGGAUUGGAGUCCGCUGCUAAACCGCUUUGACGUAUUGCACCUAACUAGCUUGCUUCAUAUCUGGAACUGGGAAGGGCAGGUCAAGGCCGCUCAACGAAUUGCCUCUUUUACUAAGCCCGGCGCCCUUCUCGUCGGUAGCGGUCUAGGUAGUGGUGUUGGUGGAGAGUUUCCGAAUCUUGAGGGUAAUGGCACAAAUUUUCGGCAGAGCGAGGAGACCUUCCAAAAGUUUUGGCAAGAGGUAGGUGAGAAGACGAAGACAAAAUGGGCUGUAAAGACAACCUUCAAGGCAUCGGAUUCUACGAAAAUGAAUAUGAACCAGAACUGGGCAGAACCGAAUAUGGGACUUCUCAUUUUUGAGGUUACUAGGGUAGAAUAGGGGCAUUAUAUCAAAUCUUAAACUGAGUCUGCAGCUCAACGAAUAUGCUAAUCAAUGUUCAAUUUCACGUAGAUUCUCAACAAGCAAUACUUACUUACCUUAGUGGAGAGGUAGCACAGUUGUUGACACUUAGAAUUAGAUACUACCUACACUUCUAAUUCAUCACUUAAGAAGGUUGAAAA